AGAUGAAAAUUAUAUUUGUUGUCUUCUAGGAAUCUAUGAUGACAUCGACAUUUGGUCUUCUUGCUAAUGAAUUGAGGAUUAUGGGUGUGAAUUAUGUCUUGAUCGAUUUUUGGUGUCCUCAAAUUUAGUUUGGAAUUUGUAUUAGAUUGUUGAUUAAAAUUUAAUGGAAUUUAAGACGGUCACACCUCCUAAAUGUGAUAAUUCGGGGGCGUGAAAGCUGUGGUAUUAGAACAUUACUUGAGGAUCACUAUAAGAUAUUUGAUACAUUUUAUUUGCCAAAUUAUAUUGCGAUUUAGUAAAUUAAAUAGAGAGCGAUGAAAAAUUUCUGUGAUAUAUUUUAGGAAUCUAAGAUGCCAAGGAUAUCUGGUCCUAUUGAGGAAUGAAGCAGGAAAGGUAAUUAAGUCGAAUUUUAAAAUUUUAGAGGAUGGCUUAUUGCGUUUUGUGAUAGAGUGUGUAUUUGAAAUGUCCCAAAUUAUGAUUUGAAUAUUAAAAGAAAAGUGCAUGACUCAAUGAUAUUGAUGGCUCUAUCUAUGUGCAAUCUGAUCUCAUUCAACAAAUUUAGAUAGGGCUACUAUGAGAUCGACAUUUAAUCUACUUGAGUAAUGAACUAGAAAAGGGAUUAAAGUCGGAUUUUUAAAUUUUGGACGAUUGCCUUUUGUGUUUUGGGAUAGAGUAUGUGUUUUAAAUGACCUAAUUAUCAAUUACAAAAUCCUGAAGCAAGGUAAUAAUUCAAAGUAUGUGAUGAUCCAGAUUAGAUUGUUGAUUACAUUUUAAUUUUAUGGAUUUUAAGAUAAGGUCGCACCUCUUGUAUGUGAUAAUUUGUGGGGCUUUACAAAGGUGGUAUCGGAACAAGAUUUAAGGAUUACUAAGAUAUUUGAAUUAUUUGUUGUGCGAAAUUAUAUUGAAGUUUAGUAAAGAAAUCUGGUCUUCUUGAGGAAUGAAGUUCGAAAGGUAGUGAAAUCGAAUUUUUAAAUUUUAGAGGAUGGCUAUUUGAGAUUUGUAUUAGAUUGUGUUCGAACUGACCCAAAUUAUGAUUUGAAUAUUUUGAUAAAAGGUCAUGAUUUAAUGAUAUUGAUGGCCUCUAUCUUUGUGCAAUAUGAUCUCUUUCAACAAAUUUAGAAAGGGCAUCUAUGAGAUCUACAUAUAAUCUACUUGAGGAAUUGAUGUAGAAAAGGGAUUGAAGUCUAAUUUUUAAAUUUUGGACGAUGACCUUUUGUGUUUUGGGAGAGAGUAUGUAUUCUAAAUGAUCCAAUUAUCAAUAACCAAAUCCUGAAGCAAGGUCAUAAUUCAAAGUAUGUGAUAAUUUGGAUUAUAUUGUUGAUUAAAUUUUAAUUUUAUGGAUUUUCAGACAAGGUCACACCUCUUGUAUAUGAUAAUUUGGGGGGCGUGACAAAGGUGGUAUCGGAGCAUGAUUUAAAGAUUACUAAGAUAUUUGAUUCAUUUGAUGUGCAAAAUUAUAUUGUGGUUUAGUAAAUUAUAUAAAGAUCGAUGAAAAUUAUAUUUGAUGUCUUCUAGGAAUCUAGGAUGACAUCGAAAUUUGGUCUUCUUGCCUAUGAAUUGUGGAUUAUGGGUGUGAAUUAUGGCUUGAACUAUUUUUGGUGUCCUCAAAUUUAGUUUGGAUUUUGUAUUAGAUUGAUGAUUAAAUUUUAAUAUUAUGGAUUUUAAGGCAGGGUCACACCUCCUAAAUAUCAUAAUUCGGGGGGCGUGACAGAGGUGGUAUCAGAACAUUAUUUGAGGAUCACUGUACGAUAUUUGAUACAUUUGUUGUGCCAGUUUAUAUUGCGAUUUAGUAAAUUAAAUAGAGAGCGAUGAAAUUUUUUUUUUAUAUCUUUUAGGAAUCUAGGAAGCCAAGUACAUCUGGUCCUUUUGAGGAAUGAAUUAGGAAAGGUAAUGAAGUCGAAUUUUUAAAUUUUAGAGGAUGGCUUAUUGCGAUUUGGUAUAGAGAGUGUGUUCGAAAUGACCCAAAUUAUGAUUUGAAUUUUAAGAGAAAAGUGAAUGACUCAAUGAUAUUGAUGGCUCUAUCUAUGUGCAAUCUGAUCUCAUUCAACAAAUUUAGAUAUGGCUACUAUGAGAUCGACAUUUAAUCUACUUGAGUAAUGAACUAAAAAAGGGAUUAAAGUCGAAUUUUUAAAUUUUUGACGAUUGCCUUUUGUGUUUUGGGAUAGAGUAUGUGUUCUAAAUGACCCCAUUAUCAAUAACAAAAUCCUAAAGCAAGGUAAUAAUUCAAAGUAUGUGAUGAUCCGGAUUAGAUUGUUGGUUACAUUUUAAUUUUAUGGAUUUUAAGAUAAGGUCGCACCUCUUGUAUGUGAUAAUUUGUGGGGCUUUACAAAGGUGGUAUCGGAACAUGAUUUAAGGAUUACUAAGAUAUUUGAAUUAUUUGAUGUGCGAAAUUAUAUUGAGGUUUUGUAAAGACAUCUGGCCUUUUUGAGGAAUUAAGUAGGAAAGGUGGUGAAGUCAAAUUUUUAAAUAUUAGAUGAUGGCUUUUUGAUAUUUGUGAUAGACUGUGUGUUCGAACUGACCCAAAUUAUGAUUUGAAUAUUAUGAUAAAAGGGCAUGAUUUAAUGAUAUUGAUGGCCUCUAUCUUUGUGCAAUAUGAUCUCUUUCAACAUAUUUAGAAAGGGCAACUAUGAGAUCUACUAAUAAUCUACUUGAGGAAUGAAGUAUAAAAGGGAUUGAAGUCGAAUUUUUAAAUUUUUUACGAUGGCCUUUUGUGUUAUGGGAGAGAGUAUGUAUUCUAAAUGACCCAAUUAUCAAUAACCAAAUCCUGAAGCAAGGUCAUAAUUCAAAGUAUGUGAUAAUAUGGAUUAUAUUGUUGAUUACAUUUUAAUUUUAUGGAUUUUCAGACAAGGUUACACCUCUUGUAUAUGAUAAUUUGGGGGGCGUGACAAAGUUGGUAUCGGAGAAUGAUUGAAAGAUUACUAAGAUAUUUCAUUCAUUUGAUGUGCAAAAUUAUAUUGAGGUUUAGUAAAUUAUAUAAAGAUAGAUGAAAAUUAUAUUUGUUGUCUUCUUGGAAUCUAUGAUGACAUCGACAUUUGGUCUUCUUGCUAAUGAAUUGAGGAUUAUGGGUGUGAAUUAUGACUUGAUCGAUUUUUGGUGUCCUCAAAUUUACUUUGGAUUUUGUAUUAGAUUGUUGAUUAAAAUUUAAAAGUAUUUAAGACAUGGUCACACCUCCUAAAUGUGAUAAUUCGGGGGGCGUGAGAGAGGUGGUAUUAGAACAUUAUUUGGGGAUCACUGUAAGAUAUUUGAUUAAUUUGAUUUGCCAAAUUAUAUUACGAUUUAUUAAAUUAAAUAGAGAGCGAUGAAAUUUUUUUUUGAUAUAUUUUAGGAAUCUAGGAUGCCAAGGACAUUUGGUCCUAUUGUGGAAUGAAGUAGGAAAGGUAGUGAAGUCGAAUUUUUAAAUUUUAGAUGAUGGCUUAUUGCGAUUUCGGAUAGAGUCUGUGUUCGAAAUGACCCAAAUUAUGAUUUGAAUAUUAAGAGAAAAGGGCAUUACUCAAUGAUAUUGAUGGCUUUAUCUAUGAGCAAUCUGAACUCAUUCAACAAAUUUAGAUAUGGCAACUAUGAGAUCCUAAUAUAAUCUACUUGAGGAAUGAAGUAGAAAAGAGAUUUAAGUCGAAUUUUCAAAUUUUGGAGGAUGGCCUUUUGAGUUUUGGAAUAGAGUAUGUGUUCUAAAUGACCCAAUUAUCAAUAACCAAAUCCUAAAAUAAGGUAAUAAUUCAAAGUAUGUGAUAAUCCGGAUUAGAUUGUUGAUUACAUUUUAUUUUUAUGGAUUUUAAAAUAAGGUCGCACCUCUUGUAUGUGAUAAUUUGGGGGGCGUGACAAAGGUCGUAUCGGAGCGUGAUUUAAGGAUUACUAAGAUAUUUGAUUCAUUUGAUUUGCGAAAUUAUAUUGAGGUUUAGUCAAGACAUCUGGUACUCUUGUGGAAUGAAGUAGGAAUGUUAGUGAAGUCGAAUUUUUAAAUUUUUGAGGAUGACUUAUUAAGAUUUGGGAUAGAGUGUGUGUUCGAACUGACCCAAAUUAUGAUUUGAAUAUUAUGAUAAAAGGGCAUGACUUAAUGAUAUUGAUGGCCUCUAUAUAUUUGCAAUCUGAUAUCUUUCAACAAUUUCCAAACUGCAACUAAGAGAUACACAUUUAAUCUACUUAUGGAAUAAACUAGAAAAGGGAUUGAAGUCGAAUAUUUAAAUUUUGGACGAUGGCCUUUUUUGUUUUGGGAUAGAAUAUGUGUUCUAAAUGAUCCAAUUAUCAAUAACCAAAUCCUGAAGCAAGGUUAUAAUUCAAAGUAUGUGAUAAUUUAGAUUAGAUUGUUGAUUACAUUUUAAUUUUAUGGAUUUUCAGACAAGGUCACACCUCUUGUAUAUAAUAACUUGGGUUGCGUCAAAGGUUAUAUCGGAGCAUGAUUUAAGGAUUACUAAGAUAUUUGAUUCAUUUGAUGUGUAAAAUUAUAUUUAGGUUUUGUAAAUUAUAUAGAGAUAGAUGAAAAUUUUAUUUGAUGUCUUUUAGGAAUCUAGAAUGACAUCGACAUUUGGUCUUUUUGCUUAUCUUCUCAUGGGUCAUAUUGUCACCUUCAUGCUCUCGUUGCGUGUCGUCGUGUAAUUACAUCAUAAUCAUAUUCAUGCAAACCCUAAUAAUAAUAAUGUCAGCAAUGAUAUUAUGAUUAUUAGAUAUAAAUUACGAUUUGAUUAUUAUAAGAAAUGGGAAAGACGUAAUGAAGAAGGUGAGAAGGUUUGAAGAAUUUGGGUUUUGGGAUAGAGUAUGUGUUCGAAAUGACCCAAUUAUAAAUAACCAAAUCCUAAAGCUAGGUCAUAAUUCAAAGUAUAUCAUGCAUUCUCGUAGCACUACGAUGUAUAGAGCUCUCCAAAGUCAUUAUUCGUGAGAAGGUUUGAAGAAGGUGAUUGCGUGCAAAGUCAUUAUUCGUGACUUCUAGGCAAAUCAAAGCAGAAACUUGCCACAACCAACGUAGGCUUGAUAAGAGAAGAGAAGAGGAAUUGAAGUAGAAUAAGUUUUACUUUGGCUUAAUGUUUUGGAUCAAAUCCUCACAUUUGUGAUUCAAAUGUUUUUCAGGCUAGUGUUAAAUGUUUUUGUUGUGUGAGUACACUUUGCGCCUAACUAAAUGUUGAAGGUAAAUAUGAACUUAUGUGUUUUGUAGAGGUUUUAAAAGACUUCUCAUGUUUAGGAUUUUGGAAUGUUAAGUUUAAUUUGUAAAAUCUUAUGACCUUGUGAUCAAUGUCAGUUUUGUUUUUGUAUAGAUUCGGUUAAAAGCACAAUUGGAAGCAUUGGAAAUCAGAAUUGAGAGUCGGUUGUAAGAAACACUUAAUGAUUUCAAAAAGAGCCUACUAGAGAGUCUCAACAAAUUUCAACAAUCACGGGGCUCAACUUCUCUGAUGCAUAGAUCUGGAAAUACAGGCGCUAAAAUUUGUCAAACUUCUACAGUGUUAGAAUAUUAAAACAGAUUUGAACGAUUGUCAAAUCUAGCCAGAGAUUGGUCUGAACGGCAAAUUGUAAGUAUAUUUAUUGAACGGCUUAAUCCAAAUAUCCGAUUUGAAGUUAAUGCUCGUCAACUCCGUACUAUGAUUGCUACGAUAUCAUUUACAUGUUUACUUGAGGAAAAAAUUAUUAGGGAAAAUCAUGGAAACAGGAGUGACAACAACUAGAUGAUCAACAAGCCACCCGCCCCAUCUAUUCCCAACCAAAACCCUGACACUCAAAGACUAACCCUAGAAGAACUCAAGGAAAGAUCAGCAAAGGGUUUGUACUAUGAUAUAAAGUGGAGUAUGGAGCACCAAUGUAAAUAAUUGCAACUUCUGAUAAUUGAGCCAAUUGGAGAGGAACCGGAAGCUAUGAAUGUAGACUCCGAUCAUGAAGGUAUAGAUUCUAAAGAAGAUGUUGGAUCUACCAUACAUACAAUGAAUGCAUUAACCGGUUACUCUAACCUGCAAAAGUUGGCGAACUUUGGAACAUCAGCAUGCUAUAGUUUUGAAUGAUACUAGUAGCACUAAUAAUUUUAUAGACAAUGAGAUUAUCGAUCGAUUAGCCCACCACUUUGAAGGUUGUGACAGAUUCGAAGUCAAGAUCGCUGAUGGACGAAUAUUAACUUAUGAUAGCAAAUGUUCAAAGAUAAAAUUUAUUAUAAAAGGCCAGGAGUUUCUUGCAAUGAUUACUACACUUAAAGACCGACCUAUUGCUUACACUGUCAAAUUGUGCAGAUAGCCUAUGAUUGAAGUGCUGAAUGAGAAGCUCCUCGUGUUUGAUGCUGCUCAACUUUGAGGACAAGGCUGAUUUGAAGAGGGAGGAAUUGUUAGGACCCUUUUAUUUUAUGAGUUUUGAAUAAUAUUUAUUGAGUCUGUUUAGUUUAGUUUAGUUAAAGUCAGAUAGAGUUUUAUUUAAUAUUUAUUUAUUAUUAAGAGUCUAAGUCCCGGUGGAACUCUAUAAAUAGUGAUGUAACCCUUUCUUUUCAGAAUAAAUCAAUCAAUGAAGUAUUAUUUCAGUCUGUGAACAAACCCUAGGAGGCCAAUCCCCUCAAAGUGAUCAAGGAGGACGAUCCCCUCGAAGCGUUCAUUCUCAUUCCUCUUCUUUCAUCCCCGAUAAGACCUUAAGGUCUUAUCACUCCCAGACGCAGGAGACUUAUGUCUGGUGGGAUGAACUAUAUUAUGUUAUGAUCCUAUUGCACUUUCUAUAUGUUUGAUAUGAUAUUCAGAGCUUUGGUUAUGUGUUUCUAUAUGUGCUUUAGAUAAGUAUGAUACGAAUACAACAUCAAAUACGACGUUUGAGCUUCUGUUUCGUAUUUGUUCUUUGAUAUGCUUCGAAAUGGUUCAUAUGCCAUUGAUAUGCACUGAAAUAUUUUAUAUUCCAUUGAUAAGUUUCGAAAUGUUUCCUAUGCCUCUGAAAUGUUUAUACGUCAUUAAUACGCUUUUAAAUAUUUCAUAUGCCAUUGAUAUGUUUAGAAAUGUUUCCUUCGUUAUUGAUAUGUUACGAAAUAUUUCAUAUGCCAUUGAUAUGUUCCGAAAUGUUUCAUCUGCUUUUGUUAUACUCUGAAAUGUUCUAUAUGCUGUUGAUAUGUUACGAAAUAUUUCAUACGCUAUUGAUAUUCUCCAAUUACACUGUGCUCCAUUUGUUAUGAACCAAAUGUGUUUUGAAUGAAAUGACAUAUGUGAUUCUAUAUCUAAUGAGAUGAUACCCUGGGAUUUCUUGUAUUCUGCCUUGCAUUGUGAUACCUUGUUUGUUAGGGCUCUCUUUUCGUUCUGGAUAUGUUUUGUCUUUUGCUAUAUUUUUUUAGGCCUACUCCGUUGCUAUAUAAAUCUUUCGGGUCAACUUGUCACUCUCUGAGAUGUUUGUAUUGAGCUGAGGCUGUGGAGAGCUAUUCAGAAUUGUAGUUUUGGAGUGGCAUAAGUCAGCCUCAUGAUGCUUCAAGCUUCAAGUUCCAUUCAUCGAUCUCAGUAUCAUUUUGACUCUUCACUACCACUCAAGUCAUUGAUGUUCCGUCAAGCAAAUCCAAGCCACACUAUUUCAAGGCCACAGAGUUGUAGGUGGAUUGAUUUCUUAUCUGGCAGCUGGAGAUCUUCCUGUUCACAGUUCAAAUCUUUUUGCUCGCAAGUGCUAGAUUCUUGUAAUACAUGUGAUAUUAAAAAGGAUAAAGACACCAACAUUGAUAGAUUAGAUUCAGUGUUACCUGUGCAAACUCUUCGAAAUUUUCCCAUUGAGAAACUUUAUGGAGAAGUUGUCAUGGUUCGGCUUGAUUCUGCUCUUCUGCUGAAUUUAAGGGUUUCUGAUGAUCUCUCUUUAAAUAGAGCAAUUUUAACUAUCAAGUAUCUAUACAAUGCUGGGGCUAAAGUAAUUUUAGCAAGCAACUGGCCUCAGGCCAAUGCUUCAAGGCUUCUUUCAAAAGAGGCCUUUGCAGAUCACUUGUCAGCGCUUCUCAAGGUUAAAGUUGUGCCUGCAAAUGAUGCUUCUGCCAUCUUGCAAUUCAAGAUGAAAAACGUGGAAAAUGCAGAUGUACUUCUUCUUGACAACUUGACAAAUAAUAAAGAAGAAGUUGCAAAUUCCUACGAGUUUUCCAAGACAUUGUCAUCUGGUGUCUCCAUCUUUGUUAAUGAUGCCUUCUCACUAUCACAUAGGGUUCUUGCUUCAACUGUUGGUGUUGCCCGCUUUUGCCAUGCAUCUGUUGCUGGUUUUCAUUUUGAGGAGGAAUUGUUGCAACUAAUGAAGAUCAGUGAGACCAAAAAACAACCUUACGUUGCAAUAAUUGGAGGGAGUAAUUUCCUGAAAAAAGCUAAUACAUUGCAUGUUUUAGCUUCUACAUGUGAUGGACUGAUUUUCAUUGGAAAGCUAGCAUUUCAGAUAAUGAAUGGUUUCGGACUUUCGGUACCUACCCACUUAGUGGAACAUGAUGCUGUUAAAGAAGCACUAGAACUGAUCAAACUUACACAACAAAGAAAGAUUCCAAUUUAUUUUCAGAAAGAUUUUGUGUGUGUCAAAGUUGGCAAGCCUGAGCUGGUGGAGAUAUACGCUUAUAAUGAAAUCUUGGCAGGUUGGGUGCCUGUGGAUCUAGGGCCAGUUUCAAUGAAAGAAACCUCUUCUAUGCUCUCAACAUGCAAGAAAGUCAUAUUGAUUGGUUCAGUAAGUUUUGGUUCUUUAGAGGAAGAUAACGUAAGAACAUCUCAAUUGGUAUCCGUACUUGAAAGAAUAAGCAAAAAUGGCAGUGAGGUGAUUCUUAUUGGGAAUGCAGCCUGCAAAGCGUUUGCAGGAAAAUCAAGUUAUUCUAAUCAGUAUUCAGUGUUUAGAAAUGCAUCAGUUGCUUGGGAGUUUCUCAGAGGAACAAAGUUGCCAGGUGUGGCAAUAUUAGAUAAAGCCUUUCAAUACAAUCUCAAUUGGCAUGCCAUAUUUGCAGAUCCCACUAAACCUAUAGCAGUCGAUAUUGGCAGCGGAAAUGGCUUGUUUAUUUUGAAGGUGGCUAGAAAAUGCACAGAUUUAAACUUUCUUGGGCUUGAGAUUAACAGGAAGCUUGUUCAGAGAUGCUUAGAUAAUUUGCAUCAAUCUGAGUUCAAAAAUGGAUAUUUUAUAUCAACAAAUGCAACCUCUACAUUCCGUUCUAUAGUUUCUAGUUAUCCUGGAGAUUUGGUACUUGUCGCAAUACAGUGCCCGAAUCCUGAUUUUAACAGAGAGGACCAAAGAUGGAGGAUGGUACAGAGAGGACUUGUUGAAGCAAUCUUGGAUCUGCUUAUUACAAAUGGAAAGGUGUUUUUACAGUCUGAUAUCAAGACUGUUACAACGAGAAUGAAACAUCUGUUCAUUACUUAUGGAAAGGGUAAACUAGUAGUGGAUGGGGAUGACAGGGAUUGGAUGGAGGAGAAUCCUUUUGGUGUUCAGACUGACUGGGAGCAGCAUGUGAUUGAACGUGGAGCUCCUAUGUAUAGAAUUAUUCUCAAAAAGGUUUGAUCGCUUGCAAAGGUGGAGUAUCCUUGAAAUCAUGGCAGCUACUUGCUAUCAAUUAAAACUUUGGGUAGUCUUUAAAUACGGGCGUCUACCAAGAUUGAAAAAAUCAGAGACUAUCUUUACCUUCAAUUUUUGUAUUUUGCCUACCAAGAUGGCUUCCACAUUAUGACAUCAUGGUCUGACUCUUUUACUCAAGUUUGUGUUACCAUAAACUAGGACAAAAUAUGAUCUUAAUUAUAUGGAAUAAGCUGCAUUUGUCAUA